AUGCCUCCUGCCAGCAAGAAAUCAAGAUUAGCAAAAAGCAAAUCCCAAUCAGAAUCUGGAAACUGUUUUUCUAAAAACAUAGAAACCAGCAAUGACGAUCUGAUUGACUUAUUUGAGAUUGACGUUAAAGAAGAUAUUACUGUGGACGACAGAGAACUUCAGGGAAUUACAGAUGAUGUUACUUCUGCCAUUUAUUCGAGCCACUUUCUCAAAUGGCAUGAGGGAGCUGAUAAGUCCCUCCAUGAUACAUAUCAGAAGAAUUCAUUAACAGCUGAGUGGAGAAAGAGAAAGACUAUGAAGGAAUCUUUUGAUUUUAAAGGAAGUUAUCUUCUAACAGAAAAGGGCUUUACAAUUUUAAGUGAAAAGGAGUCUGUCAAUGAAGAAUUAGAGCCAGUCAAGGUUACUUCUAGGAAAAUAUCUGCGAAUACAAUUUCUCUUCUCAAGCUUGCCUUUAACAAUAUAAAAGAAGAAAUUGUUCCAUUUACUCAUAUAAUUGGUUCAUCUCUGCCAGUAAACCAUUAUGAGCUUUGCAAACUUAAAUCUGUUGAAAAUUACUUAAGACAUAGACUCUCAGAAAGUAAGACAAUAGAAGCAUCCAAGAAAGCAGCUAUGCAAAUUCAGCAACAGAAGCCAGAAAGUCGCAAUACUAUUUUGGUUAAGAAACACAUCAAUGAGGUUGUUAUACCAAAAAAAACUUGGAAUUCAAGGACGUGUCUUGACGAGUACAGUUUGGAAAUAUCUUCAUGA